CAGUAUGUUCAGAGCUGUGUUUGGAAACAAGAAAGAAGGAGGAGGAGGAAAACGAGAAAAAAAGAACCAGAGACACCCAGGGUGAAGUUGUCAACUUGCUGCAGUACAGAGGAGACAGUGGAGAUAGAUAAUAUAAGUAGAGCUCAGUAUUAGAGCAACCAUGUUGCUCAUUAAUAUUUGAUAAUGUGCUGCUCUGGGUAGCAAGAACAGAGAGGAAGACAGAGAACUGUGUCAGUCUCAUUAAAAUGAUAUAGUAUGUUUACAGUACAUUGGAAUUGCAUUUGAUAUCACUCCUUCUCAAAUGCUGAUCACAGAAGGUUUUAAUGAUCCUUGUUAGGAGUUAUGCAAGACCAUAUUUGGCAAAUUUGUAAUAUUAGGUAGUAGAGUUCUGUGUCCUUGUUUUGCUUAGCCCCAGCAAAAACACUCAUGUAAGGAAGGAAAAAGUGAACGACUAAAUUAUACUACAGGUAAAACUACUGCAAUCUGGUAUUAUCAAAAUAAUUGACAAUAAAGUCUCUGUAAUUGGCUGGCUUGGCAAGCUCUCAUGCACGGUAGUUAUUUAAAGCACAGGAUCAUAUUGAAUGGCUGCAAAAUAUAUUAAAAUAUUGAAUUGAAAUAUAAUAAGUCUAGCCUCUUUAUUAAGCGUGAUCCCAUUCCUUUAAAUAGAUGUUCUGGCAUUGCCAACUUUCCAUUACCUCAUUCAGCAAUAUGCCUCCAAGACAAGAUAUGUUCGCUCUGUCGCAGCCUUAUAUGAGGCAUAUUUAAUACAGCUCCCUCUGCGAUAUGUUAAAGCUAAUAUACAGCCACAGUUGUGUUGACUCAACUCAGCCAUUUAAACCACAAUGGAGCUCUCUCAUUAUGCUGCUUUAACAUUUACACUUGACCUUCUCCAUCCCUCCACCUGUCUUUUCAACGUAGGUGUCGAGGUGUACACUCACAGCACUUUGCAGAGCAGUAGCGGCAGGCGGGCCGCACACCUCCAGGACCAUGACGACUACACAGAAAGCCCGAUAAAACUGAAGAGACUGACCAAGGGUGUGUCCAUUUCUUUACCAUCCUCGCCGCUUCUCCCUCGCCAGGCUGACAUUGUUCCCUCCCAGUCCUGCAUCAAGUUCCCAGCUCUCCCUCCCUCUCCUUUCUCCCUCUUUGCUGUGGCCGAAGGACGGGUAAGGAAGCUGGAGUAUGUGGAUGCCUCUUCCGAUGCGAGAGAACCUCUUGUCUUUGCCUCGUGCCGUGGCAAGACAGACCACAGAGACCUCCACGUGGAGCCCCAGCCGGGCUCCUCCCUUUCUACCCAGGAACUGAUGACCAGACUAUGCUUCUUAUUGGGAGAAGAAACACCCGGCACUGCUAGCUCUCCUAUGGAGGACAGGAGGGAAAAGAAGUGUGAUACCUCCGCUCAGGGGGGGAGUCCCAGCUCCACUCUGACCUGCAGCACUGCCUCUCCCUGUUCAGAGAGCCCCUCUUCCACCCUGAGCACCAGUGUUGGAGGCCAACAGUUGCCCCAGCCUUUACCACUGCCUUCACCCCACUGUGGCUCCAGCACCAGCCCCAGUGAGACCCUCUCCAACCCUGUAUCCAGCCCUGCUCCUGGAACCAUCACCGGGAGCAGCCCUGGGCCUCCUCCUCAAAGCCCCACCUCCACCCUGGAGAGCAAGGAUAGUGGAAUCAUAGCAACCAUCACAAGUUCCUCUGAGAAUGAGGAGCGCAGCAUCUCAAGUGCGGAUCUGAUCAAGGACGAAGGCCUGGGGGUCAGUGCUGGUGUAAUGGGCCAUACAGGCGAGGACCACCAUCCUGGGGCCAUCAGAGACAAUCUGACAGCCCAACCAGAUGAGACCUUACCUAGAACUGAGCUCAUGGAGCCCAGGACUCCACCCGCACCGAAGAGACCCCUCCCACAGCACCACAUACACGGCACUUCCUCCCUCAUGAUGCCCCGUCCAAAUUCUGUGGCAGCAACCAGCUCCACUAGACUGGAGGAUUUGAAUUAUCUGGACAACCAAAGGGCUGCUGGACACAGGGGCUCCGUCCGCAAACACAACACAGCUGGACGCACAAAUGAUGACUCCAAAGGGAGAUUGGUACCAUUCAAACAAGCUGACAUCAUGCUAAAGCCGCUGCUGUUUGAAGUCCCCGGCAUCACCGCAGAAACACCCUUUGUGGGCCGGGACUGGCUCUUCACACGUCUGGACGAGGUCUUGAGAAAAACAAGCAGCUGUGAAGGACGAGGCGCUGUCAUUGUGGGUAACGCAGGAUCCGGAAAGACUGCUAUCAUCUGGCGGCUGGUGACACUCAGCUGUCAUGGUAUGCGCACACCACAGGGAGGUCCCAGCAUCCCUCACAGCCCCAGCUCCUCCCCUAAAUGUGGGGAUAGGCAGGGAAAAGCAGCCUCCAAACAGCCAGCCGAUUCCCAAACCAACCAGAGUGCUGUUGCAGGAACAAGCGAUAGUAUGGCACAGAGGAAGGAGGCUGUCAGAUGCUUAGCUGCCAAGGUGGUAGCCUACCAUUUCUGUCAGGCUGACAACACAUACACUUGCCUGGUACCUGAGUUUGUUCACAGUGUCGCCGCCCUGCUGGCCAGAGCGCCACAGCUCGCCCCGUACAGGGAGCUGCUGGUACAAGAGCCCCAACUACAGAACACACUCAGCCUGCGAUCCUGUGUACAAGACCCCAUUGCUGCCUUCCGAAAAGGUGUCCUAGAGCCCAUAGCUAGCCUGCGCAAAGAGCGGAGGCUACCUGAAGAAGACUACAUCAUAUUGGUUGACAGUCUCAAUGAAGCAGAGUUCCACAAACCGGACUACGGUGACACCAUUGCCACCUUCAUCACCAAGAUCAUCUCCAAAUUCCCUCUCUGGCUUAAGUUAGUGGUCACAGUAAGGACAGGCCUGGUGGAAAUUACUACCCUCCUUCCUUUCUCUGGCAUCUCUCUGGACAUCCUGCCAGACAGCAGUGAUCUGGGAGCUGACCUGAGCGACUACAUCCAUCACCGGGUCAGCGGCAGCACCCAGGUCGCCACUAACGUCACCACACCAACAGGCUCCGCCCCUGAUCCGCUGCUCCUGAGCAAGUUCAGCAGCCACCUGUCAACACGCAGUCACGGCUCCAUCCUCUACCUUCAGUUAACCCUGGAUCUGUUCCACAAAGGCCAUCUGGCACUGAAAGGAGGAAACUACCUGGUGGUGCCUGUCUCCCUGUCAGAGGUCUACCUGCUGAUGUGUCGUGUGAGCUUUCCGGAUAAAGAGGUCUUUGAACGGGUUCUUCCGGUGCUAAAUGUGGCACUCGCGUCGCUGCACCCACUGACUGAUGAACAAAUGUUCAGGGCGCUGAAUGCAGGCAGUGUGAGGGGGGAGCUGGAGUGGAAGGACUUCCAACAGAGAUUAGACAGCCUGGCUGGAUUCAUGGUGAGACGCAGAGAUGGCACACGGAUGCUGUGUCACCCCUCCUUCAGGGAAUGGCUGGUUUGGAGAGCAGAUGGAGAGAGCACUGACUUUCUCUGUGACCCUCGGAGCGGCCACGCUCUCCUGGCGUUCAUGUUCUCCAGGCAGGAGGGCAAGCUGAACCGCCAGCAGACCAUGGAACUGGGACAUCACAUCCUCAAGGCUCACAUAUUCAAGGGUCUGAGUAAGAAGACAGGUGUGUCCUCCAGCGUUCUUCAGGCCAUGUGGGUGAACUGCAGCACAGAUAGUCUGUCCGCUGCGCUUGCCUCCCUGCGGAAUCUGUACACACCAAACACCAAGGUAAGUCGUCUGUUGAUGCUAGGUGGCGCUAAUGUGACCUGGUGUACAGAGGUGGUCGGACACGCUCCCAUCCUAGCCGUCCAUGCCCACCUGGGACAUGUGGAGAUGGUAGCUCUGUUACUUGAAAUGGGCGCUCCUGUGGAUGGGACCACUGACAGCAGCAUGACGCCCCUGUGUUUGGCCGCUGCCGCAGGACACGCUGACAUCGUCAGCCUACUCUGCAAGAAAGGGGCCAAGGUGGGCCAUGCUGAUAAGAGUGGCCACUGUGCGCUGGUCCAUGCCGGGCUGAAGGGCCAUGCAGAAAUCAUCAACAUCUUGCUGGGCCAGGAUUGGGGACCAGGGAACCCCACUGAUCCACAGCAGCACCACAGCAAUGAGACUGUGACUGAGAAAACACAGGCAGUACAGCAGGCGGUAACAGCUGCAGCCAGUGUGGGACAUACACAGGUGGUGAAAAGCUUGCUGGACUUGAAAGAUGAACAGCUGGCAGUACAGAUGGACGCUCACGACUCUCUCUGGGGAGAAACGGUGCUGAGUGCGGCAGCAGGGAGAGGGAGGAUGGAGGUGUGUAUGUUUCUCCUGGAGCGGGGGGCAGCGCUGGAGUUAUCAAACCGCAGGGGGAUGUUCCCACUCCUUGGUGCUACAAAACAUGGACACACACAGGUUGUAGAGCUGCUGCUGAAUCAAGGUGCAGACAUCAACGUCAGCGACAAGCAGGGUCGCACUGCACUGAUGCUGGCUGCCUCUGAGGGCCACAUAAGCACUGUUGAACUGCUGCUGUCAAAGAGUGCCUCUCUGUCCUCUGCUGAUCAAGAGGGGCUGACUGCACUUAGCUGGGCCUGUAUGAAGGGCCAGAAAGGUGUGGUGCAGCUUCUGGUGGAGGCAGGCGCAGACCUGAACCAACCAGACAGACAGGGACGGACUCCUCUUGACCUAGCUGCCCUUAAUGGGGAUGCAGAUACAGUACAUUGCCUGGUGGACCAUGGAGCAGUGCUUGAGAGGGCUGAUAACAACGGCAGCAGGGCUUCAGACCGGACUCCGGGUUGCCAGAACCCAGCCCUGGUGGCCUUGCUGCUCAAGAAAGGAUCCAAGAUGGGCUACAGAACAGCUCCACAUGAUCGAUCAGGUCACGCUACAUGGGCUAUGGCUUCCUCUAAACCAGACAUUCUCCUCAUCCUGCUGCAGAAGCUGAUGGAGGAAGGGAACAUGCUUUACAAGAAAGGACGUAUGAAGGAAGCAGGCCAGCGAUACCAGUACGCCCUGAGGAAGCUACCUCGUGAGGGGCAGGGAGAGGAGUUGAAAGGGCUGAAAGACCUGCGGGUCUCCCUCUAUCUCAACCUUUCCCGCUGCCGCAGGAAAACCAAUGAUUUUGGCAUAGCUGAGGAGUUUGCAACAAAAGCUCUGGACCUCAAACCCAGGUCUUACGAAGCAUAUUAUGCCAGAGCACGGGCCAAGAGGAGCAGCAGGCAGUUUGCUGCAGCGCUGGCAGACCUCCAUGAAGCAGCACGACUUUGCCCAUCCAACCGGGAGAUCCGCCGCCUGCUGGUACGAGUAGAAGAAGAAUGCAAACAUCAUCAGAAGAUAUCCAGCAACAACACGCCACAGGGUUACAACAGGGACCCUCACACCCACCACCAUCAAGCCACAGAGGAGGAGACAGACGUGUAUUCACAGGGAAGUUUAGAGAGGCAAAUCCCUGUGGAGCAGACUGAUGCAGGGAAGGAGGAGGAGGAGGAGAAGGAGGAAGGUGAGCAGGUGAGCCUGCAAUGUGGUAAAAGCCCAGAAUUUUGGCCUCAGAAUCCAUAUGCUCCUAACAGGACUCUCCCUGGAGGUGUGGCCUUUAGUUUAGCGGAUCAGGCGCCAUGUUUCCCUCAAGAGGAGUAUGUACAGAACCAAAUGUUCAUGGAUAUGCCGGAGCCUGUUCCUGCUAUCAACAGGCAAAGCCAAAACCAGGGCAGCAGGACUCAUCAUCACUGCCACUCCCUCCAGUCAGGGAGCAGAGUCGGGGGCAGGCCUCUUUCUCUGUGCGGCCCCUCCAGUCCUCUGCCAGGCAGACACAUCUCCACCUCCCUGAGGCCUGCGCCGGUGCUGGGUAUUGACAUCGGUCCUGGAUCAGCCAGUGAACACUCUGGACACAGCCCCACUGAGCACUAUCACCCCAUGUCCCCCAACAGCUCCUCCCCACCUGGUCAUCCUCAGAUGUACCAGCCCCGCUCCUCCAGCUUCUCCAGAGGGUCUGACAGACUCUCUACCCACUCUGUGGCUCUGGAUGGCCUGGCUCUCGCUUUGGGGUCUGGUAUGGAGGUUAGGAGGGAGGGCGGUGGAGGAGGAACAGCAGGCUCACGGGGCUCUAGCUCUAGUCAGGCCUCCAGUGGGAACCUGUCAGACGGUGGCAGGCAACAGGUACCGGACGCCCCCUGCCCCAUCAAGAGCAGUGGUAGCUUCAAGACAAAACCUGAGCUGAAGCCCCGGCCCUUCAUGGGUGUCAUGGACAAAGCGGUGCGAGUCCAGGGCCAGCAGACCUCUGGCCUGGGCCGACAGGGGCAGGGAGGAGGAGGGGGAGGAGGUGGGGAGAGUUUCAGUAUGUCAGUCAUGGAGUUCCAAGGGUUGAACAAUGAGUUCAAACGCGCCUCAUUCCAGGAGCAGCUUUCCGGAAGUCAGGCCAACAGCCAGCAGCAGGGCCGGGAGUUUGGAGAGCGGCUCCACCAGCGAGAGGCCAGAACCACCAUAUCCUCCCAGCUACGCUUUCCAGACGGGAGGCACAGACAGGCGAGCUUGACGAGAGACAACCCGGCUUUGCAUAUGGCUCCCAUCAAACCCAAACGCUCAUUUAUAGAGUCUAAUGUCUGAAUAUAGUUAUAACAAAACACAGAUACAGGCUGUUUUCAACAAACUACGUCCCACAUAAGGUAGCAAGGGAGACUGGUUUGAAAACUGCUCCUUUCCCUGAGCCUGUUUUGUAGAGUUAUGCUGCUGCACUGCAUUUACAAUCUAGAACCAGUGUUCAACUCAGGCUACUACGCUUUUGCUUACAUGUCUACAGCUACACUAGUGUAUUCAAGAAAACCAGACAUACCUUAAGUAGGGAUUUAAAAAUAAGUAGUAUAUUGUCUCAACUUUUAAUUUAUCAUAUCAAAUAUAGAAGUCAAAGAAAGCUUUGUGCACGAAUAUGCGGAACCUCACGCUACUAGUUGCAGGAUAUGACCAUUUCUAUUGUCAAGUGUCUUUUAAAAAACAUUUAUAUUUGUACGGUGUACACUAUAUUUGCAGAUUAUAUAUUUCCCUGUAAGUGGUUAUCUGUUAGCAUUACAGGCUUCAAAAGAAAUGAUUUUGUGUACUUGAGAAUCUUUUUCUUGGUACAUUUGAUAAAAAAGGCACUGUACAUGACAUUGUUGGAACCCUCUUGUCAUAAUCUGAUAUUGAAUUGAUUGCUUCAAUAUUCACAGUAUAUGUUAUUUAUUUUUGCAUAGCAGAGGACAUAUUCAUAUGAAGUGUUUAUUGGUUUAAUUGGACACAAGAGAGCAUUUACACAAUCAGUCGACGAUACAAAAAAAACCUUAAGAGACUUCUUACACUGCUCUAUGUCCAUAGUUGUCAUAUAACCUUUUCAGAGUCAUACUACGGAUUACAGAAUGUUACCACAUUAUUAUUGUGGUAUAAUAAAAUAUUAAUGAAGGAAUACAUUUGUACAUCUAUUUCUUUCACAGUAUGAUACAUGAAAUGUUGCCUAAGCUUUAGAGUGUAUAUGGAUGAAUGCAAAGUGUCGUCGUUGCACAGUAGAACCUCAACAAGCGGACAAAAUAAACAAACUGUAUGAUAACGUUGCCGCUUCCGAAUAUCGCUAACAUUUCUUCACUAACACAAUAACUUGCAGUGUAAAAGAUGUUAGCUUGUGCAACCUUCAACUACUGGCCAAGCACUAUUCCCACAGGGUUUGUAAUAGCAAUGUUCAGACAAAUUUAAAAAAGCACACGUGUUGCUUACCUGUUUACUUGUGAAGUGUUUCAGUAAGACAAGGGACAUAAUUAAUCCAUUAAGCAUUAGUCCUGACAUUAAUGUUGAAUCAAUACACUCCCUGUAAAGUAAAAGGGUUGCUAUUACUGCUGAUGAAACUGCAAACCACUCUGUAGCUAGCUGUAGUUUUGAGACAUCUCUAGCUUUUUGGUUAUUUAGUCUAACAAUAAAAAAAUAAAGUUAUGAUAAAAGAUGUUCACAGCACUGUGGGGCUCCCAAUAAAAUUAUUUUAAUUAUAAAGUGCUUUGUUUGUUCUUCACAAAGAUUUUUUUAUACCUUCAUUAAACAUUAUGUGUAUAUCUUAUGAAAGCAAUUAAGCAUUUUGAGAUUAAAGGAUAAAGCUGGUGAUUUUCUAUAUUUUUCUUAUUGUCAAC